GAGGUAGAAGACGGAGCAGGAGCACCAGGGGAGGAGAUGGUCACUUCCCGACUGAGAAUAGGACACACAGGAGUCAGGACUAAAUCAAACACUGCACACACUGUAAUAAACUGUCAAACAUGUACUAAUAGACUGCAACAGUCCAGUAGGUGGCGGUAAUGAAUAGAAUCGAUGGUUGCCGCCUCCAAUUACUCUCAAAAACAAGAAGAAGAAGACGAAUAGACUUACUGUUGUUGCUGCUGGCGGGCGGGAGCAUUCUGGAUGUAGAGGUAGACACUAACAGAAACAGACGAACAUGUCUCGAUUGAAAAGAGCGAGUCAGGAGGACUCUCUGUCGGGCUUCAGGACGGAGAAGACAGAGCCGACCGUCUCUUCCGGUCUUCUGAAGGCAGCCGGGAAGAGCGGCCAGCUCAACCUGUCCGGCCGGGGGCUAACACAAGUCCCUCAGGAGGUGUAUCGUCUAAACGUUGACACACCACAGGAGGCCCAGCAAAAUGUUUCCUUCGGAGCAUCAGAUUGUUGGUGGGAACAGACUGACCUCACCAAGCUGCUGCUGUCAUCCAAUAAGCUCACACAGCUGUCUGAUGACAUCAGACUACUGCCUGCACUUGCUACACUGGAUCUCCAUGACAACCAGAUGAGCAGUUUACCCAGUGCUUUGGGAGAACUGCAGGAGCUCCAGGAACUGCGACUCAGUCAUAACCAGCUGACAGCUCUGCCAGUGGAGGUGUGCGCUCUGAAGAAGCUCUGUAGCAUCACACUGCAGCAGAACCUUCUGGAGAGCCUGCCAGAGGAACUGGGACAACUGGAGAGCCUAACCCAGCUGGACCUGUCCAACAACCUUCUGAAGGGCCUACCCUCCAGCCUGGGCGAUCUCACCUGUCUGCAGAAACUGAACCUGAGUCACAACAAGCUCAGCUGUCUGCCUGACAGCCUGGCCCAGCUCACAAACCUUAAACUGUUGGACUGCAGCAAUAACCAGCUGACUGACAUUCCUGCCAGCCUAUCAGAGAUGCUUGCUCUGGAGCAGCUCUACCUCAGACACAACAAGCUCCGCCUCCUCCCAAAGCUCCCUGCACCAGCACUCAAGGAGUUGUAUGUGGGGAACAACCACAUUGAGCAGUUGGAGGUGGAGCAGCUGUCCUACCUGACGGUCAUUUCUGUUCUAGAACUCCGAGACAACAAGAUCCAAACCCUCCCUGAACAGAUCACCUUACUGAGCACGCUCACACGCCUCGACCUCACCAACAAUGACAUCACCACUCUUCCUGCCUCUGUCAGCCUGCUGCCUGAUCUGAAGGUGUUACUGUUGGAGGGAAACCCCCUGAGAGGAAUCAGGAGAGAGCUGCUCGCUAAAGGAACCAACGAGCUUCUGAAAUAUUUAAGAGAGAAAAUUAAAGAGGAUCCUGACAAAGUAGAUGGACAGACAGCUAUGACGUUACCCAGCCAGGCCAGGGUGAAUGUCCACAGCAUUACAACUCUCAAGUUAUUGGAGUACAGUGAGAAGCAUGCAACUGAUGUUCCUGAUGAGCUGUUUGAUGCUGCAGCAGAUCAAAGUGUCACCACUGUUAACUUCAGCAAGAACCAGUUGACCUCCAUACCUCCCAGGCUGUUGGAGCUCCUCUCCUCUCUGUCUGAUAUGAAUCUAAGUUUCAACAGACUGACCUGCUGUUCUCCUGAUGUCUGCAAGUUCCUGCAGCUGACACACAUCGACUUCAGGAAUAACCAGCUGAGUGAUUUACUGUCUGAAAUGAAGAAUUUAAUUAAACUACGCUCCAUUAUCCUCAAUUACAACAGGUUCAAGUCCUUCCCUCAAGUCCUCUAUCAGAUCGUUUCCCUAGAUACAGUGUUGCUUGGUAACAACCAGGUGAACGAGGUUGACCCUCAUCGUCUGAUGAAGUUGGUUCAUCUGUCAACACUGGAUCUGUCAAACAAUGACCUGCUGAACAUCCCCCCUGAGCUGGGCCUGUGCAGCAGCCUCAGGUGUCUGAGUCUGGAGGGGAAUCCUUUCCGCACACCCAGAGCAGCCAUCGUGGCCAGAGGAACGGACGCAGUGUUGGAGUACCUCCGCAGCCGCAUACCUACAUGAUCCCUGACCUCAGCUCAGACAAUUCUUCUUCUGUUUUUUGCCAAUGACAGUUAAAUGCGUCUGUGUGUUCAACAGGGCAGUCUGCACUGAGAAGCAAACCUGUUUCCAAAGUCUCCCUCUGAAGUUGAUCUGCUUUGUGUUCAAUGUGUGAAUGUGAUGAAUGUUAUUGGACAAUCAGAUUUAAACACAUAACAAACACUCUUCUCUCAAUAAAGUUGUUGCUAAGAAUCAGAA